CUCCUCUCCGAUCCCUCCUCACGUAAUGUGUUGCUCAUAUCAUCAAACUUCGAGUCCGCGUCCGUGACCAGGAUUCCAGACCAGAACUAAACAGAUCCGAAGGCAAUCAACACUUCCACAAAAAAAAGAAAAAGACAGAAAAAAGAAGUCCCACUUAAGGGGCCGAAAGCGGCGCCAUUCAGUGUGAAACCCUGCAGACUCGCCUGCAGACGCAUCCGCUCCGCCAAUGAGCGGCACCUUUGGAGGUCCAUUCGUGCGCAACGGACGAUGAACAGACGGGGCUCGGUCUAAAUGUCACGCGAAUCAAACCUACACGCACAGAACAAGAGCAAGGUCACCUUGUGUGGAACCCAACAGGGAGCUGAGGCUUUUUUUGUCUUCUUCUUCUUCUUCUCGGAGUGGUUCAAAGAGUCUCUCCUUCCGGACAGAGGAGUCACUUUUUAAUAGUGAGGCACAGCACUUGUUCACCUGGACCCACAUUAUCACGGCAGCUGGGGCUACUUGUCAUGGUUGAUUGGCUAUAAAGAUACAUUUUUGGGGGAAUUAAAAAAAAAAAAAAAACUAAAAACCGACCAGGCUUUCUGAAGUGAGGACAUCGGGACAGGGUGAUGGCGGCGGCUGCGCCCUCCUCCUCUGGCGGCGAGCCGGAUCCCAACUCGACCAAUUUACGACCACCGGGCUCAAGCUACGACGCCUGGUGUGGAGUUGCCCAUGGAUGUACAAGGAAAUUGGGCAUGAAGAUAUGUGGGUUUCUGCAGAAGAACAACAAUCUGGAGGAAAGGAGCCGGAUUGUGAGUUCCUUCAAAGAGCGCGCAGCCAGGAACCUGAUGUCCUGCGAUAACGCGGGAGAAGAUGCGCAUUUCAGGCGCACGGAGAACGACUUCUCCAACAUGUUCGCAAGCGACCUGUUGCCUGCCAAAAACGGAGAGGAGCCGACCAUGCAGUUUUUGCUGGAGGUUGUGGAAAUCCUCACCAACUACGUGCGGAAGACCUUUGACAGAUCCACCAAGAUUCUGGACUUCCACCACCCGCACCAGCUGCUGGAGGGCAUGGAGGGCUUCAACCUGGAGCUCUCUGACCAGCCCGAGUCUCUGGAGCAGAUCCUGGUGGACUGCAGGGACACCUUGAAGUAUGGAGUGAGAACAGGUCACCCCCGGUUCUUUAACCAGCUGUCCACUGGAUUAGAUAUCGUUGGGUUGGCAGGGGAGUGGCUUACCUCUACAGCCAACACCAACAUGUUUACCUAUGAGAUCGCCCCUGUCUUUGUGCUCAUGGAGCAGCUGACUCUGAAAAAGAUGAGGGAGAUGGUGGGCUGGCCUGAUGGAGAGGGCGAUGGGAUAUUUUCUCCAGGAGGAGCAAUCUCCAACAUGUACAGUGUGAUGAUUGCCAGAUACAAGUUCUUCCCUGAAGUUAAGACCAAAGGCAUGGCAGCUGCACCCAGACUGGUCCUCUUCACCUCAGAGCACAGCCACUACUCCAUCAAGAAAGCCAGCGCGGCUCUGGGCUUUGGGACUGAGAACCUGAUCCUUUUGAACACAGAUAAGAGGGGGAGGGUCAUUCCUGCUGAUUUGGAGGCAAAAGUAAUACAGGCCAAGCAAAAGGGGUACGUUCCAAUGUUUGUGAACGCCACCGCUGGGACCACCGUCUAUGGAGCCUUUGACCCCAUCAAUGAGAUUGCAGACAUCUGUGAAAAGUACAACAUGUGGCUUCACGUGGACGGUGCCUGGGGAGGAGGCUUGCUGAUGUCCAGGAAGCACAAACACAAGCUGAAUGGAAUAGAGAGGGCCAACUCGGUCACCUGGAACCCGCAUAAAAUGAUGGGAGUGCCGCUGCAGUGCUCUGCCGUUCUGGUCAGAGAGUGGGGAUUGCUACAGGGAUGCAACUCCAUGUGCGCCGGUUACCUCUUCCAGCCAGACAAACAGUACGACAUCACGUACGAUACGGGCGACAAGGCCAUUCAGUGUGGGCGGCACGUCGACAUCUUCAAGUUCUGGCUCAUGUGGAAGGCGAAGGGAACAAUAGGAUUUGAACAGCACAUCGACAACUGCCUGGAUCUGUCAGCGCACCUCUACAAUAAAGUGAAAAACCGAGAGGGCUUCGAGAUGGUGUUCGAUGGAGAGCCGCAGCACACUAAUGUGUGUUUCUGGUACAUCCCACCGAGUCUGCGCGGCUUACCCGAUGGCGACGAGAGGCGGGAGGGUUUGCACAAGGUGGCCCCGAAGAUCAAGGCAAUGAUGAUGGAGUCCGGGAGCACGAUGGUGGGUUACCAGCCGCAGGGAGACAAGGUCAACUUCUUCCGCAUGGUCAUCUCAAACCCCGCUGCCACCAGGUCAGACGUAGACUUCGUGAUCGAAGAGAUCGAGCGACUGGGCGGCGACUUGUAAGAGCCGCGCCCCAAAGCCGCUUUACCCCCAAAGGACGUUUCGCGACUCCGUAAAGCACCGAGCUCGGCGUCAUUUUUUCCCCCUUUGGCCUCACGAGGACGUUGAAUGUUACUCCCGGAUCGUCUCUGGCGACGUGUCAAGAAAUAACAUGCAGUGUGUGUCUCUUCUCUGUCUCUUCUGUCUUCAUCAGCGAUGACGUAUAGUCAAAACAUCUGCACACAAGGUCAUCUGAGUAAUAAGGACGCAUCUGUGAGAGAAUCACAACAGCACACGGGUAGUCUUGCUAAACCCUGUUAACUGGAAAUGAACCUGUAUAAAAUAAUGGUAAUUACAUGAGAUUUACACAGGUUACUUUCUUAUGUAAACUUAGCAACAAUAUCCGAGCUUUUGAAUGAUUCUUUUUCUAGAGGAGCUAUUCAAAAUAUACUUACUUUUACAAUGGGAUGGUCGGUAAAAACAGAAUGAGAUCAAAAUAUUUUUUACAAGUAUCAGAGCACAAUGUAGGGAACGUUAUAGCAUAAUGUAUGUACUGACUGUCGGUGCUUUAUGUCGUCUGUGUCAUUAUCAAGCCAGACGGACCGCCACAUUGUUCCCUAUCUGUUAUUUCCUUUUGAUAUUACACAUAUAUAUAAAACACAGUCAUUGUACUUGGUCGCUGUGUUUCUAGAGAUUUUUUUGUAGAUUGUGUAUAGUAUUGUUAAAUUGCCUUUGUGCCAAAUGUGUCCUAGUUUUACGGUGAGAAAAAUCCUAUAUCUGAAUUGACCUUAGAGUAUAGUAUGUAAUAGAUGAAUCACUUUGUUUAUAUUCAGAGGUCCUCAUUGUGAAUAGGUUACCUGCUGUUCGGUUCCAGUUGUAAUGUAUGCUUCGUUAUGGGAAACCCUGCUGUACAAUAUCACAAUGUUUGGAACAGCAUUGAAUCAUUUUAGUGUACUUGUGAACCAAAGAAGGGUUGAGGUUCAUUCAGGAACACGCCCCUUAUUCUUCCUGACGGAUGGAUUCAGAUGUUUGUGUGUUUGGGGGAAAAGCUGAUCUUAUUGCACACUGUGAGUUCUCCUUUUACCCGUAACUGAGGUGGGUGACAGGGGGCCUCGGAGUGUGCAUUCCCACACACCUGUGAAGUGCUCCAGUUAUUAUGUGCAGGAGUGUCCUUCUGAGUGGACGACAGGGACCUCUCUGAUGUUGUACUGAAGCUUCUCUUCUCACCAAGAAGCCGGGUCAGACCUCCCUGCUCCUCUAAGGGAGAGGGAACACUGCGCGCAGUCUGAACUCACGGCUCGUGUUUGAUGAUUUGUGUAUUCUUUAUGAUUUGUGUUUAAGUUUGUAAGAACCCACUUAAUCACGAAACGAGCUUGAGAUACUUUCGAUUUCUUACGUGGACAGAAUUUCCACCACCGCUUAACUUACCGCCCUUAACUUUAGUGCAAUCUGUGUAACUGUGCAAUGUCGUUGUGAUUCACUGACGGAAUACCGUCCAGACACUUGGCCUCCUGUGGGGGGAAGCAUGACUGGAUUGGCGGCUGCUUCUGCCGGUGCCUUGUUCAGGAUAGAAAGCACAACGCUGAGACCGCCAUGACGGGGCAGCUUUUGUUUCUCUAGACCGAAUGAUUGUCUGUAUCAUAAUGUGUUAAAGUGGAGUAAAAAUACAAUAAGCCACAUUUUGUUUGUCGUAAAAUGCUCAAAUGAUAGUAACAUUGUAGUGUUGAGAAUAACUAUGUGAUAAAUUUAAGUUAUUUAUUACAAAGAAUUUAGCUUAAACCAUGAAAUGCACAAUGUUUGCUGCUGUAAUACGUUUUGUUGAAAUUUUGGCAUUCCUUAAUUAGCGGGAUGUAACACCCCUUGUUAAAUUCAAUGUGGGCACUUUAACUUCAUGCCAUCAUUUGCAGAGUAGUAUUAAUAAAGCACUAAUAAAGACAUGA